GUCUUUUACUCAUAAUUAUACCUUUAAUUAUUGAGAGACAGUUAACCACUUAACUGUUUUUAAAUUCCAGUCCAAGUAAGAGAAUACUCUUGCAUUGUGUUGCAAAUUUUACCAACAAAAUCUGUUUUUCUUUUUCCGUUAAGGAUUUUCAUAUUUUCUCAUAACUUGAGAUGCUUUCUUUGAGCUGGUUUUAAAUUUGUGUUUCAGAUAACCGUGGUAUUAUUGUUGUUAUUAUUUUUUAGUAAUUUGAGUAAUUUACCAGCACUUUAAUGUUUAAAGACUCCGUGGUGAUGAUAAUGCAACUAAAGCUUAGCUUUUUACUAUGAUGGGUGUAGUAGGGAUAAGAUUUUAUUAUGUUAGGUUAAGAUUUAGGAGAACAUUAAAGUUACGUUUCUUCAUGUUACGAAAAUGGUCAGACUGAAUGUUUUUAAGAAUAAAAACAGGCUGGUGGGAGAAUAAACUUUUUCUUUUUUUCUGAAAAAUACAUUACUAGUACUUGUUACAGUUUUGGGGGAAAGUACAUUUCAUGUUUUGUGGUGAUUUUAUCUCAUUAUUUUAACUCCCAUAUAUACUAGGUGCUUUUAUUUGCCACCAAACUCAUUUUUUUUUUUACUAUUUUAGUUGAUAGGCUCACCCAAAAUGUGAUUUUUGGUACUGAUCUAGACCUGCAUAUUCAGCAUGAAUCUCUUUAAUUGAUUGCAGUUGAGCUAGAUGGUGGAGCCAAAAAUGCUAUUGCCCUGUCUUCAUCAACAGUUAAUCAUGUUGCAGCUAUAGGAUCAUGGGGGAAAAACAGUCUGGAUAACAUGAAAGUGAUGCUGGUGGCUAAGGGAAGGCGACUUGAUUCUGUGGGAAGGGAUAUAGCUGAUUCAUCUGUUUUCUAGAUUUGAGUAUGAGCACAGUUGAAGAGGAUUCUGACACAGUAACAGUAGAAACUGUGAACUCUGUAACUUUGACUCGGGACACAGACGGGAACCUCAUUCUUCAUUGCCCUCAGAAUGAAGCUGAUGAAAUAGACUCAGAAGAUAGUACUGAACCUCUGCAUAAAAGGCUUUGUUUGUCUUCUGAGGAUGAUCAGAGUAUUGAUGAUUCUGCUCCUUGCAUAUCAGUUGUUGCACUUCCACUUUCAGAAAAUGAUCAGAGCUUUGAGGUGACCAUGACUGCAACCACAGAGGUGGCAGAUGAUGAGAUUACUGAGGGAACUGUGACACAGAUCCAGAUUCUACAGAAUGAGCAACUAGAUGAAAUAUCUCCCUUGGGUAAUGAGGAAGUUUCAGCAGUUAGCCAAGCAUGGUUUACAACUAAAGAAGAUAAGGAUUCUCUGACUAACAAAGGACAUAAAUGGAAGCAGGGGAUGUGGUCCAAGGAAGAAAUUGAUAUUUUGAUGAACAAUAUUGAACGCUACCUGAAGGCACGCGGAAUAAAAGAUGCUACAGAAAUCAUCUUUGAGAUGUCAAAAGACGAAAGAAAAGAUUUCUACAGGACGAUAGCAUGGGGUCUGAACCGGCCUUUGUUUGCAGUUUAUAGAAGAGUGCUUCGCAUGUAUGAUGACAGAAACCAUGUGGGAAAAUAUACACCUGAAGAAAUUGAAAAGCUCAAGGAGCUCCGGAUAAAGCAUGGCAAUGACUGGGCAACAAUAGGGGCGGCGCUAGGAAGAAGUGCAUCUUCCGUCAAAGAUCGGUGCCGACUGAUGAAGGAUACUUGCAACACAGGGAAGUGGACCGAAGAAGAAGAAAAGAGACUUGCAGAGGUGGUUCAUGAAUUGACCAGCACUGAGCCAGGUGACAUCGUCACACAGGGUGUGUCUUGGGCAGCUGUGGCAGAACGAGUGGGUACCCGCUCAGAAAAGCAGUGUCGUUCUAAAUGGCUCAACUACCUGAACUGGAAGCAGAGUGGAGGUACUGAGUGGACCAAGGAAGAUGAAAUCAAUCUCAUCCUCAGGAUAGCAGAACUGGAUGUAGCUGAUGAAAAUGACAUAAACUGGGAUCUGUUAGCAGAGGGAUGGAGCAGUGUCCGUUCACCACAGUGGCUUCGAAGUAAAUGGUGGACCAUCAAAAGGCAAAUUGCAAACCAUAAAGAUGUUUCAUUCCCUGUCUUAAUAAAAGGUCUUAAACAGUUACAUGAGAAUCAAAAAAACAACCCAACGCUUUUGGAGAACAAAUCGGGAUCUGGAGUUCCAAACAGUAAUUCCAGUUCUAGUGUACAGCACGUUCAGAUCAGAGUGGCCCGCUUGGAAGACAAUACAGCUCUCUCCCCAAGCCCCAUGGCAGCCUUGCAGAUUCCUGUCCAGAUCACCCAUGUCUCUUCAACAGACUCCCCUGCUGCUCCUGUUGACUCUGAAACAAUAACACUAAACAGUGGGACACUACAAACGUUUGAGAUCCUUCCAUCUUUCCAUUUACAGCCCACUGGGACUCCAGGUACCUACCUGCUUCAGACAAGCUCAAGCCAAGGUCUUCCCCUCACUCUGACUAGUCCCACAGUAACCCUGACGGCUGCUGCGCCUGCUUCUCCUGAACAGAUCAUUGUUCAUGCUUUAUCUCCGGAGCAUUUGUUGAACACAAGUGACAAUGUCACAGUGCAGUGUCACACACCAAGAGUCAUCAUUCAGACAGUUGCCACAGAGGACAUCACUUCUUCCAUAUCCCAAGCAGAACUGACAGUAGAUAAUGAUAUUCACUCAUCAGAUUUUCCUGAGCCUCCAGAUGCCCUGGAAGCAGAUACUUUCCCAGAUGAAAUUCAUCAGCCUAAGGUGACUGUAGAGCCAUCAUUUAAUGAUGCUCGUGUAUCCAAAUUCAGUGACCAAAAUAGCACAGAACUGAUGAAUAGUAUUAUGGUCAGAACAGAAGAAGACCUUAAACAAGAGGAAGAAUCACGCUCUCAUUUGGCCUGUACUUACGUUACUGAGGAUUUAGAGUCUCCUACUAUAGAAGAACAAGUUGAUCAAACAAUUGAUGAUGAAACAAUACUUAUUGUUCCUUCACCACAUGGCUUUAUCCAGGCAUCUGAUGUUAUAGAUACGGAAUCUGUCUUGCCGUUGACAACACUAACAGAUCCCAUAUUCCAACAUCAUCGAGAAGAAUCAAAUAUCAUUGGGUCAUCUUUGGGCAGUCCUAUUUCAGAAGAUUCAAAGGAUGUUGAAGAUUUGGUAAACUGUCAUUAGGAUAGGACAUUUUUUUACAUUCAAGUCUUUUGAAGAUGGAGAAGGAUUCAAUGGGGAACACUGAGG